AUGACAUUUAAGUGGGAAAUUGCAAAAGGUAGCUGCAACGAUAAUGUCAUUAUUGUUCCGCAUGUUCAGAUUUCAGAGAAUGAAUCUCAUUUGUUCAAUCGAGCAAUCUCAUCUGGUGGUGGUAUUUUGGGAGACUUGCAAAGAGCUACAAUUGCAGCACAAACAAUCUAUGCAGAUAAUCCAGAACAACCGAAAAAUCGGUCUUCUUGGGUUCUAAAACGUCUUUUUGAAUGGUCUCAUCGAGCAAAAAGUCGUGAACUAUUACGACAUGUUCAAGCAGCCCUGAUUGAAGGUACUGCUGACAAAGAAUUUGACGACGAGGAUAUUGAAAAGCUGCUUACUGUAACGUGGAAUGAACUUUUUGCUGUAAAUGAAAAUUUGUCGCUGAAAGACAGAAGGAGACUUCAAGCGCUCUGGGAAUUAUUCAACAGUGAACUAAAGUACUUUGUCAAGCAGUUACUCGUAUUAAAGAACGUCUUCAAAGAACCGCUCAAGAAGUGCCAAGUAGAAGGGUGCCUGUUAACCGUCGAACCAGACUUAUUAUUUGGUAACUUGGAUCAGCUCUGUCGAAUAAGCCGAGGAUUUUGCAAGUGUUUCUUAUCGUUACUACAAAAGUUUCCUCCAAAUGAACGAAUGACUGCUGCUAAUACAACGGAAUUGAUUGUUCAGCUGUUUGAAAAGUUCUGUAAGGUCUCAUCAAACAUAGCCGCGUAUCAAGCCUAUUGUAUAAACUAUAAAGCCACUAUGGAUUACCUGAGCACUGUGCGGCAUAAAGACGAAAGAUUCUCCGAAUUUGAAAGAGUUUGUCUCUCGGAUCCUCGAUGCUCAAGGCUUCAACUUGAAGAUCUGCUAAUAGCUCCGCUACAACGUAUAACCAGGUUACCGAUAUUACUGAAAGAAGUACUGAAAUAUACAGAAAACCCAGAAGAUCAGAGUCGUAUUGAGAAGGUGAUAGAAACGAUCAGUGAAUCGCUUCGAUCAAUUAACGACUCAGUUCAAUGGUUACAUAAUUUCGAAAGACUGCAAAUGUUGCAAAGCCAGGUUAUUUGGCCAUCAAUUUUCGAUAUGGAGCCACGAUGCUUUAUUCCUGAUUUCUUGAAAGCGGCCUUAACUAGGCAAUUUUGUGAAAAUCUUCUUGCCCAUCCCAGGCGAAGAUUAGUUCACGAAGGUCAUCUCGAGUUUGUGGAAAGCGGUAAAACAUCGGACUGCUAUGCAUUCUUAUUCAACGAUAUGUUUUUGUUGACAAAAAUUAAGAAAGUUGCACCAAGACUAAAGCGGAGCGGUUCACAGAUGCCAAAGGUGGAUCACUAUGUAGUUCACAAACAGCCAAUACCACUAGACUCUUGCGUAUUUUGUGAUGUCGACUCUGGCGAUUCCUCCAAUUCAAUGCUCUUAAAAUUCGCAUUUGUUAUUAUUCACCUCACCCGCUAUUAUCAGGUUGUAUCAGUUUACACAUUUCAAACAUCUACCAAAAAUGAAAAGGAUACGUGGAUUGAGAAGUUUCAAGAAGCGAUAGAAAACUACGAGUCAAUCCAGCUAAAAGAUAUGUUAAAAUGUACUCCGUUGUUUUCUAAUCUGAAUUUCCAGCGCCUUUCCAGUUCACGGCUGAUGUCCACAUUUAACACUACAAAGCCGUAA